AUGGCUUUCUCUAAGCGUGUGUACCGGUCACUACCAUUUGAGUUAGUAGAAGAAAUACUUAAGAAGACUCCUGCUGAAUCUUUAAACCGAUUCAAAUCUACGUGCAAGCAAUGGUACGGCAUCAUCACCUCCAAGAGGUUCAUGUACAAUCACUUGGAUCACUCUCCGGAACGAUUCAUAAGAAUCGAUGAUCAUAAGACAGUUCAAAUCAUGGAUCCGAUGACCGGAAUCUUUUCAGAUUCACCAGUCCCAGACGUGUUUCGCUCUCCACAUUCGUUUGCUUCUAUGGUUCACUGCGAUGGACUAAUGCUAUGUAUAUGUAGUGAUUCGAGUUACGAACGAACAAGAGAGGCCAAUCUCGCAGUUUGGAAUCCGGUAACGAAGAAAAUCAAAUGGAUCGAACCGUUGGACUCUUACUAUGAAACUGAUUACUUUGGGAUUGGAUACGACAACACAUGUCGUGAAAACUACAAGAUCGUGAGGUUCUCUGGUCCUAUGUCCUUUGAUGAUACAGAGUGCGAGAUAUAUGAGUUUAAGUCUGAUUCGUGGAGAACUCUUGAUACUAAGUAUUGGGAUGUAUAUACUCAGUGCAGAGGUGUGUCAGUGAAGGGUAAUAUGUAUUGGAUUGCUGAUACUAAAGAGAAGUUUAUUCUACGUUUUGAUUUCUCCAUGGAAACUUUCAAGAACGUAUGUGUUUGUCCUCCUAUAGGGUGUACUGGACGAUUAGGCUGUUUCAGUGGAGAUAGACUCCCUUUAUUACUACAAGAUACAGACUUUGGUGGAGAAGAAGAAGUGUCAACGGACAUUGCGGUGUGGCUGACAAACAAGUUGAGUGAUGAAGUUGUUUCGUUUACCAAGUAUUUUAACGUCACUAGCCCUCAUCUUCCGUUGUUACAGUGCCAUGGUGAUAUGGCUCGUCCAGGAUACUUCAUUGGAGAUCACAAAAAUAUCUUGGCAUGGUGCGAGGGAGAAGUAGAGGAAGAUGAUAAAUGGUAUACUUGCAUCACUCUUUACCAAAUUGAUCAAUGUGGGAUCAGAAAGCAAAUUGAGACAGGACGACAUAGAUCGUUUCGCUACCUUGACCCGUUUAUUUGUAGCUAUGUUUAUGUUCCAAGUCUGAUUCCAGUUCCAGAAUAA